GUUUGUCAUUUUGACAUUUCUACAAAAUGUACAUGUAGUUUACUUCUAUUCUCGUAGAAAAAUCAAGAGUUUUUAUCCAAACUAUUGAAAAAAAUCCCGUAAAAAAUGCCUGUACCAGGUGGUAUGUACCAAAGUCAAGGGCCUACAUGUUUCGAUAAAAUGAAAAUGGGCUUUAUGAUAGGAUUUUGUGUGGGAAUGGCUAGCGGAGGUCUCUUCGGUGGUUUCACUGCUUUGAGAUAUGGCGCAAGAGGUCGAGAAUUAGUGCACUCUGUGGGGAAAGUAAUGCUCCAGGGCGGAGGAACCUUUGGCACCUUUAUGGCUAUUGGAACUGGAAUACGUUGCUAGAGAAGCUGCCACCUCAAAUGUUCAUGCUCAUUUUGUAUAUAGUUUAAAUGAUCUUAGAGUAAUAUUGUUUUUUGCUAUUAAUUAAAAGUGUUGAAAACAAUAGUAAUGUUAUUGUAGACCUAACUUCGUUUACAGUUCACAGUUAUGAAUAUGAGGAACUUAAGGUUUAAGAAUGGCUAGAUUUAGUAAUGGAAUUAAAUUCUUGUUGAAUGCUUAAGUAAUCAACAUUACUAUUAAGUAAUCAUAAUUAUGUAAUAAAUUAUAAGACCAAACUGUGUUUGAUGGA